AUGGAUAUGGAGCAGAAAUCAGAAGACAAGGUAAGGGAUGCCCACUUGGUGUUAGAAAAGACUGAAUCCUGCUUUACCCAACCAAAACCAUGUAAAAUGGGAAAAGAAGCCACUUUUCAUGGCAGCGUUCAAGGGGAAACCCUUCCUCCACUGGAAAAUCUCAACAUCUCAGCAACAUCUACAGCUAAUGGUGUUAAAUCCUUCCAUGAACAGCCUGUGGCCUCCUCAAGAACGGAUGGAGCUGAUCAACCAGGCUCCACAGGAAAGGAAUUAGCGUAUCACCCAGGAUCCACAGAGGAGACUCAGCCUCUAGAGGAACCUCAGGACAGGCCACCUCAGCUAUGUGGCAAUGAUGAUACCCCAGGAGCAGAAGAAAAGAAGGAAGAUGCAGAAGCAGCGGCUUUGGCUCAGUCUUUGACAGGAAAUGCUAAGACUGAACCUUUAGAAACAGAAACUGAGGGUCAGCCUUUGAGGACAGUGGGAGAGAAGGCCUCUCGUGGAACUGUGGAAGGUGCCAAGAAUCCACACACUGCCAGAGAGAUGAAACCUCUAGGAACAUCUGAGGACAUCCGACCUCGGGAAACAGCUGGAGAUCUGCAGCCUCAAGAAAUAGCACAGAAGAAUCGCCAGCCCGAAAUUUUGAACAUUGUUUCCAAAGAGAAUGAAUCUGCAGAAAUGUUGGAUGGAAGUCAGCUUGGGGAAAUAGCUGAAGAGCAGCAACUUCAAGAAACAGAGGGAAAACACGAGCAGUCUCAACUUCUAGUAACAAUUCCCAAAGAGGAGGAAACGUCAGAAAUUUUGGACAGAAGUCAGCUUGUGGAAACAGCUGUGGAGAAUGAUGCCCUCCACAAAGCUCCUGAAGUUCCUGGAAGCGUGGAACAGAUCCAACCGGAGGGAACAGUUGGAAGCAUGGAGCAUCCAGCAGGAAUUGUCAAGGCAGAGGCAAAUGUGGAAAUGGUCAGGGAGAUUCUCACUAAUGAAGAGGACCAACAAAUUGAAGGUGAGACCGGAGAAAAGGUUGAAACUGAGAUGGUGAAUGAGAAAGUAAGUGAAGGGGGCGAAACAAAGGAAGAAGAGACCGGAGAAGCCGUGGACCCCUCAGCAGCCACAUAG